CUAAAUUCCCAAUUCUUGUUUUUUUCUAGUCUCUUUUGUCAAAGAAGAGCUCACUAAAGCCUCCCGUUUCGACUCUUUCAGCAACUUCUACUUCCAAGUUCCAACAAUGGCGGUCGAAGCCCCAAUCCGGAUCGGAAUCCUCGGCUGCGCCGAGAUCGCCCGCAAGCUGUCGCGCGCCAUCAGCCUAUCCCCGAACGCCGCCCUCUCCGCCGUGGCCAGCCGCAGCAUCGACAAGGCGAGGGCCUUCGCGGUGGCCAAUGGCUUCCCUCCCCACGCGAAAAUCUACGGCUCCUACGAAUCCCUCCUCGACGAUCCCGACAUCGACGCCGUCUACGUCCCUCUCCCCACCAGCCUCCACCUCCACUGGGCCGUCCUCGCCGCCAAGAAGAGUAAACACCUCCUCCUCGAGAAGCCCGUUGGCCUCAAUGUCUCCGAAUUCGACACAAUUCUCGAGGCCGUAGAUUCCAGUGGAGUCCAGCUCAUGGACGGCACCAUGUGGAUGCACCAUCCCAGGACUCUCGCCAUGAAGGACUUCCUCUCCGACGCCGAUCGUUUUGGUCAGCUCAAGACGGUACAUGCAUGCUUUAGUUUUGCUGCUGAUCCUGAUUUUCUUAAGAAUGACAUUCGUGUAAAGCCUGAUCUGGAUGGUCUUGGUGCUCUGGGGGAUGCGGGAUGGUAUUGUAUUCGAUCAAUCUUGUGGGCUGCUAACUUUGAACCACCAAAAACAGUAAUAGCAUUGCCCGGAGCUGCUCUUAAUGAAUCUGGGGUGAUUUUGGCUUGUGGGGCUUCAUUACAUUGGGAAGACGGGAAAUCAGCAACAUUCCAUUGCUCUUUCUUAUCAAAUUUGACAAUGGAUAUCACUGCCAUUGGGACCAAAGGAACUUUGCACGUUAAUGAUUUCGUAAUCCCUUACCAAGAAAAGGAGGCGUAUUUUUCUACCGGCACUGAAACUGGGUUCAACGAGCUCGUGACGGGUUGGGUACCACAGCCAAGCAAGCAUGUUGUCAUUACAGAUCUUCCUCAGGAGGCUCGCAUGGUAAGAGAGUUUGCUAAUUUGGUAGGAGCUAUUAAAAAUGGCUCCAAACCUGAGAAGAAAUGGCCAAUAAUCAGUAGGAAGACACAGCUCAUACUGGACGCGGUCAAGGCUUCGAUUGACAAGGGCUUCACACCAGUGGAGGUUGUAUACUAACCAUUUGAUUCAUCUUCGUUGUCUGAUGUGCUUGUUUCUGAUCAAUAAGCUGUUGUGUUUUUUAGACUUGUUCUUCGUUUCUGGUAUAAAGUUCAUGAUUCUCUUGUAUUUGCUGAAUCUACUUGCGCUCAGCUGGUAAAUCCUUCUGAUGUCUUUCAAAAACUUUGUCACUUCUAUUGCUUGUAUUGCUAAUGUUUUUUGAGUGGACAAGAAAGACACGCAAUAAAACAAAUUGAGUGUGAAGGGAUGCUCUGUUUAUGAUUCAACGGGCUAAAUUGAUAUCUUCUCGAUAAGAAUAUAACUGGUGC